UUCCCGAUAGGCAUCUUCAUUCACUGGACAGGGCACAGCAGACACAUCUUAUAGGUCCUUCGUCUUUCGUCUUCUGUCUUUUGAUGAGGCAAUUGAAGAGACAAUGGCUCCUGUAACCUCGUCUCGUCACCAGCAGGUGUUCAUUCCUUCGAUGCUGGCUCGAGGCUUGACUUCCGUCCGCAACGGGAAAUUGAUCUUCUCUUUCUCUCAGUUCCUCUCUCUGUUUCUACUUCCAACCAUACUCAAUUCAUGGAACAGGUCAAUUUCUCCCUUCGCGACAAAAGAACUCAUCGGGUGUACCUGACUAUUGACCAGUUGGAGGUUGUAACAACCUCCUGUUUCUCCUCUCUUUCCCCACAACACACUCGGUUUGCACCGCCGUUUUCGGCCCUACUGUCAGAUCCACCUGUGAUCGCAAGCCUGUCCAGACCACGAUAAGGUUACGUUCAGAAUUCGACUCACGGAAGACAUCGAAAACCAUCUUCAGGUUCCUGAUGAAUCCUGGUAAUUCAACUCUUCAACUCUGGAACCUCCCAAGGACUAGGAGUGACCAAAUCCCGCUCGAACUCGGAUGAAGGCAUACGGAAGUGGGUUGCGUCACCCUCCAGCAAGCCGCGCCAUGGGCCGACUUGGCUCUGGCGCUUGUUUGGCCC